GAGUCAAGAGACAAAAAUUUGUGACAAAUAAUGGAGGGUGCUGAACAGCAACUUUUUCUAAUGGAGUUUCUGGUAGAUCGUGUUAACGUGCCUUCGGUACGUGCCAUGCACGAGGAAAUGCUUCCAGUUACUACCUGCGUAUCCUUUCAAAUACUUAACCUACCACCUAUUGACAUUUGCCAAGAAACUGCAACCCAAGGCUGCAUGUGCAUCGGGGGCGACACUCAGCUAUUUAAGAAAGGAAAAUCCUGCCUUUUCGCAUUGCCAUCCGUCGUAGUAGAGAAACCUUUAUACUCGUUCCCUGUCACUAUGUCAGUAUACAAGAAAUUACCCCCUGGUGUCCUGCCGGACGUCAUGCUGAUUGGGACUCAUCAAAUAGAAACUAAGGACCUCUUUAAUGUCUUACUGAACAGACAUAUUUUCAAGUCUGGUAAUGCUUCCAGGACAAUGAAGGAGACUUUCCGAAUCAAGACGGCGACUGGACAGAACGUCGGCGAAGUGACGGCCUUCAUUCGCGUUUCUUGUUUUGGAAAAAAAAUUGUCACCCAAUUUCAAAUACCACAUAACAAGAAACCUUAUCUAUUUAAAGGAGUAGACAAUAGUCCUGUAUUUCAGUGCAAAAAAAUUUCUUCGGAUGCUCAAAUAAAAACGACAAUUAAGUGCCCAUGUUUGAAGGAGAGUCUUGCAGAACCCGGAGCUUCCGGCGAAGCUUCUCCACGUACCUGCUGCGCUACCCAACCAAAACAAUCACCUGGACCACCUCCAAGAUCACCGGGGACAUAUAAACCACCUAAUUAUAGCCCUCGACCAUGUUGUCCUUUGGCACAGUCAUGUCCGGUAUCUGGACAGCUUCCUCCACCCUGUUGUUCACUGGCACCAGAGUCACCUGGAUUUCCACCUUCUAUGCCAUCUUCAUCGCCAUUAAAUCACCCAGUUGGAUCCGUUCCACAUUCGUCACAAUGCAUGCCUACUUAUUCUCCUACGUUUCCUCAAAACUUUAACACUUUUCCAGCGGAACCUGCCUAUCGCAAGUGCGGUUGUAUUGUUAAGGAGGAAAAAGGUUGUAACUGUAUAAAGAAAUAGUUCUACGAUUUGAUCACUGAUUUAUUCUAAUAUUACAAAAAGAAAUAAAAUACAUUAUUGCCUUA